GUUGCCCGCACACGAUAAUGCCGCGAAUAAGAAAAACACUCUUCUCCCGUUCUCCGCGUUCUUUCAAGUUUCAAUGGCGGAUGCAGUAUGUAUUACGUUUUAAAAAAUUGUGAUUCAAUUCUUCUCCGCGUUCGUUUGUGAACAUUCAAAAGGCCAACGCGGCAGCUGAGCAGAGAUCUUCGAUUCGUGAUUUCUUCUUUCGUUCGUCUAAUCAAAAAUUGAGAUUCUCCGCCGUCGAUGGAAAAUUCUCAGGCGCAGACACCAGGGUUUAGAGAUCGCAGACCAGACGCUCUAGGUGACCUCAAUGUUUUUCCCGAUGAGCUAAUCUGUUUCAUUAUCGAGACUCUCGCUCCUCGAGAUGUCGCUCGUCUUGCUUGUGUUAGCAGUGCGAUGUAUAUAUUUUGCAAUGAAGAACCUCUCUGGAUGGGCUUAUGCCUUGGUAGAGCAGAUGGUCCACUUCAGUACAAAGGCUCUUGGAAGAAAACAGCAAUGCAUUUAGAGGGUGUGCCCAAUCAAUACCUAGAUUCUUGCCAAAAACUACUGCAUUUUGAUGGUUUCAACUCUUUGUUCUUGUACAGAAGAUUAUACAGAUGUCACACCACUUUGAAGGGGUUCUCAUUUGAUGACGGAAAUGUGGACAGAAGGAAUGACCUGUCUUUGGAAGAGUUUUAUCACCACUAUGAUGGGCAAAAACCGGUUUUACUUGCUGGACUUGCUGAUACUUGGCCAGCAAGGAGUACAUGGACAAUUGAUCAGCUGUCGCCAAGAUACGGAGAGACAAAAUUUAGGAUUUCAGGGAGUUCGAGGAAAGUUUCAAUGAAGUUCAAGGAUUACGUUACAUACAUAGAUCAUCAGCAUGAUGAAGAUCCUUUAUAUAUUUUUGAUGACAAGUUUGGGGAAGCUGCUCCUGACUUGUUGAAAGAUUACAGUGUGCCUCACCUAUUUCAAGAAGACUUAUUUGAUGUCUUGGACAAAGAUCAGAGACCACCAUUUAGAUGGCUUAUAAUUGGGCCAGAGAGAUCUGGUGCCUCAUGGCAUGUUGACCCAGCACUUACCAGUGCCUGGAAUACUCUUCUAAGUGGGCGCAAAAGGUGGGCAAUGUAUCCUCCUGGAAGAUUACCUCUAGGCGUUACAAUGCAUGUAAAUGACGAAGAUGGUGAUGUCCAUAUUGACAGUCCAUCAUCACUGCAGUGGUGGCUGGAUUUCUAUCCACUUCUUGGCGAAGAAGACAAGCCUAUUGAGUGCACGCAACUACCUGGGGAGACAAUUUUUGUUCCAAGUGGAUGGUGGCACUGUGUUCUCAACUUGGAGACAACUGUUGCUGUAACACAGAAUUUUGUGAACUCCAAAAAUUUUGAAUUUGUGUGUUUGGAUAUGGCUCCUGGAUAUCGUCAUAAGGGAGUUUGCCGUGCAGGUUUGCAAGCUCUGGAUGAAGGUAGUUUUGGUGAUAACAAAAAGAAUCCAAUCUAUGAUGAAGAGAACUUGAGUUAUCCUGACCUGCAAAGGAAAGAAAAAAGGAUCAAAAUUAAAAAAUAUGGAGAUGACACAAAUCAAAAAAAGAUGGCUAUUGGUGCCUCUAAAAGUUAUGAUUGGAAGCAAGAUUUUUCUUAUAAUAUCAAUUAUUUGGCUACUUUUUUGGAUAUUGAGAGAGACCACUACAAUGCUCCAUGGAGCUCGAGCAAUUGCAUAGGGCAAAGGGAAAUGAGAGAGUGGUUAUCUAAGCUUUGGGUGCAGAAACCAGGAAUGAGGGAGCUUAUAUGGAAGGGAGCAUGCUUAUCACUAAAUGCGGACAAGUGGUUAGAAUGCCUGACCGAGAUCUGUGCCUUCCACAACAUGCCCUCUCCAACAGAUGAUGAAAGACUUCCUGUUGGCACGGGUAGCAAUCCUGUUUAUCUCAUUGCUGACUGCGUAGUUAAAAUCUUUGUUGAAGGAGGGUUGGAAGCUUCAUUGUAUUGUUUAGGCACUGAGCUCCAGUUUUACAAUCUUCUGAGUAAAACCAAGUCUCCUCUGAAAAACCAUGUUCCUGAAGUUUUGGCUCAUGGGAUUCUUUAUUUCGAUAAUGGAUCUUAUCAUAUGGUUCCCUGGGAUGGGAAAGGCGUGCCGGAUGUGAUUGGCGAUUGCGAUUUGGUCCCUGAGUUGUGUGCUGAAGAUGAGUUUCCUUUUGGUGUAUGGACGAAGAAGCAAUUUGAAUAUAAAAAAGCCGGAUUAUUGAUUGAUGAAUCAAUAAGUAUGACUAGAAGCACAAGAAUAUGGCCAUUUAUUAUUACGAAAAGAUGCAAAGGAAAGAUAUUUGCUGAAUUAAGAGAUGCAUUGACAUUGGAAGAUGCUGUAAACCUUGCUUCCUUUCUGGGAGAACAACUGCGCAACCUUCAUCUCUUGCCCUAUCCACCUUUAAAUAGUUCUGUUUUCCCAAAUAUUGAGCAGAAAAUGGAAUCACCAUUUGCUAAUGGUUGCAUAGACGAUGUUCCUGUUAAGUCAGACGUUCCUCCAGAAUGGGAUAUGUUGAUCAGAACUCUGAUCAGGAAGAAGAAGGUUGUUACAAGUCGAUUGACCAACUGGGGACAUCCAAUUCCAGGAGCACUGAUAGAGAAAGUGAAUGAAUAUCUCCCAGAUGAUUUUGCGAAGUUUUUCAAUGUAUACCAGGAUGAAAGUGGCUUGAAAAAGGUUUCCAAACCUAGUUGCUGGAUACAUUCUGACAUUAUGGAUGACAAUAUUCACAUGGAGCCUUAUCGAGAUAGUACUUUCUGCAUUGAAAAUGAAGAUGUAGCCGUGGCGAGUGAUGGUUCCAUGAAUGGUUAUCAUGACAGGGAAGAAGGCAAAUCUUGGAGUCCCACUCACAUUCUGGAUUUCAGUGAUAUAUCUAUAGGUGACCCCCUUUAUGAUGUGAUACCUAUUUGCCUGGAUAUAUUUAGGGGUGAUCCUACUCUUUUGAAGCAAUUUUUAGAGAGCUAUAAACUACCUUUCCUGACAAGAACGCCACAGCCUGACUUGGUCGAGGGCGGUGAUAAGUUUACACGACUUUCUUACCAUGCCAUGUGCUUUUGUAUAUUGCACGAGGAGAAUAUCCUCGGUGCUAUUUUUAGCAUAUGGAGAGAACUCAGAACGGCAAAAUCUUGGGAAGAGGUUGAACAAGCAGUGUGGGGGGAGUUGAAUAAUUACGAGGCGUAAUUGCUCUUCCGCAUUUUCUGCUUCAAUUAAUCGCAAACUACUGUCUCAGCUGGGGACAUAUCUAAUAGUCUCUCCGCAAUCAAGCUGGGUAUUUGUCUUGCCUUUGGAGUUACAGCAUCGCCUAAGAAUUCCGUAGUUUGAUUUAUAGCUUAUAAGGUUUAUCAUAACCUCAAAGUUUUCUUGCGUCCGAAGGAAAUAAACAUCCCACUCUAUUGGGAUUUUCAAUCCAUGACAGUGGAGUUUACAGGAGAAACAGCAACAAACCGAGAGGUUCACAGAAACUCACAGUUCCAAGGCAAUGUAGAAACAAUUUUCAUAUUCUUUUUGAUAACGAGAGCGUACAAUUUCUGGUCAUUCGAGCUCCUUUAGAUAAACUGUAGUAGGUUAACUAGGGUUUGCAAAUUAUGAUAUUGAACUGCAGUACACAACAUCGAAAGGAGAAAGCUCGUAGGCAUUGGGUGCA